UAUUUAAGUUAAAUGCUAUUAGAUUACAACAUUUAAAAAUGUCAUCUCAUUCGAUGUCGCUUACUAAUGACGCAAUACUUUGACAUUGGCGUGGAGCUUGCUAAAAGGCGCUGACAGGAUUCGCUGUUAUGGCUCUCUCCCAGUUUUCGAGAGCUCUUCCAGGGCUCUUCGUUAAGACAUCGUCAACAAUUUCUCAAAGAACUUUCAGUGUGUCUGCUGUGGCAGCUGCCAUUCAAAAGAUGACAAGAGUGCGUGUUGUGGACAAUAGCUCUCUCGGAAACACACCCUAUCACCGUCCACCAAGGGUGAUCCACGUCUACAACAAGACAGGCGUUGGAAAAGUUGGUGACAAAGUUUUACUCGCCAUUAAAGGGCAGAAGAAGAAAGCCAUCAUCGUCGGACACAAAAUGCCCGGACCUCGAAUGACUCCACGCUUUGAUUCAAACAAUGUUGUUCUGAUUGAGGAUAAUGGCAACCCCAUCGGAACCAGGAUUAAGGUCCCCAUACCGUCAAAUUUACGUAGAUUGCAAGGAGAUUACUCUAAAAUCCUGGCAAUUGCGAGUUCAUUUAUCUAACUGUGUCAUUGUUCUGUGUGGGAUAGGAACAUUUUACACUUGGCAUUUUUUUUUUCAAUAAAGGUGGACAAAAGCAUGCUGCAGUCACUUAGGUUUUACAUAUCCAAACAUACACAAAACUACAACGUUGACAAAAUGUGGAAGUAAAUAAAAGCAAUGCAGAUUUUAUAAA